UUUCGAUCAUCCGAUCUGCUCUGUUGUUGUUUUGACGGGUAUUAUUAUGAGUAGAUUUUAUCCUUGAUUAACAUUGUCGUGCCUAAAAGAAGUGAAAGAAGUUCAAAUUUCUCUCUUCAACUCAUAACGUAGUAGGGCAAUUUUGAAUUUCUUAAUCAUUGGUGUUUGUACCUUGUGAACUAACCUAUAAACCUAUAAAACAUUUUAACCAAAACUAGACUUGGUAACCUGCUGCACCAUGGAUCAACCUAAAAAUGUGCCACUAUCUGAGAUACUUAAGAGUAAACAGAGUCUUGAUCAAAUCGAAGAUGAUGAACCCAAAAAGAAAUCCAGGGAAGACUGGCGCAAGGCCAAAGAACUUGAGGAAAUGCGAAAGGCAGGUACUGCUCCUGCAGCUGUUGACGAAGAAGGACGUGACAUUAACCCUCACAUUCCACAAUACAUCUCGGCUGCGCCAUGGUACUAUGGCUCUUCGGGUCCUACAUUAAAACAUCAAAGACCACAACCAGAGAAGCAGCAAGAGUUUUCAAAGUUACAUGAGUGGUAUAGAAAGGGUGUUGACCAGACAAAGGCUGCAACCAAAUACAGAAAGGGCGCUUGCACCAAUUGUGGUGCCAUAACACAUAAAGCAAAGGAAUGUAUGGACCGACCUAGGAAAAUUGGAGCCAAGUACACAGGUGCUGCAAUUGCUCAUGAUGAAUAUGAACAGCCAGAUUUAUCCCUCGAUUUUGAUGGCAAACGUGAUAGAUGGGCUGGUUAUGACCCGUCUGAGCAUCGCGCUAUUGUUGAAGAAUAUCAAAAGAUAGAGGAAGCAAAACGAGAAAUGAGAGCCCAAAAGCUGAGUGCUGAAGGCAAAGAGGGUGAUGCAGUUGAGCAUGAUGACUUAGAUGAUGAUGAGGAUGAGGACAAAUAUGUUGAUGAGGUAGACAUGCCUGGUACAAAAGUUGACAGUAAACAGAGAAUUACUGUGCGUAAUUUACGUAUUCGAGAAGACACUGCCAAGUACCUAAGAAAUUUGGAUCCUAACUCAGCAUAUUAUGACCCCAAAACAAGAUCUAUGAGGGAUAAUCCUAAUGCUGGAACUUCUAAGGAACUUGAUAAUGAGUAUAAAGGAGAAAACUUUGUUCGAUUUACGGGGGACACUGGCAAACAUGGUGAAGCACAGUUGUUUGCUUGGGAAGCAUAUGAAAAAGGUGUCGAUGUUCAUUUAUUGGCAGAGCCAACCAAGUUGGAAAUGUUAGAACGAGAAUACAAACAGCACAAGGAAGAAUUUAAAGGGAAAGUGAAAAGUGAUGUGCUUCAAAGAUACGGGGGAGAGGAACAUCUGGAUGCUCCUCCUAAAGCUCUCCUUCUUGCCCAGACUGAGGACUAUGUUGAAUACUCUCGCACUGGCAAGAUCCUUAAGGGUGCGGAGAAGCCAGUAGUUCGAUCAAAAUAUGAAGAAGAUAUAUACCCAAACAAUCAUACUUCAGUUUGGGGCUCAUUUUGGAAAGAUGGACAGUGGGGUUACAAAUGCUGUCACUCAUUUAUCAAGAACUCAUAUUGUGUUGGUGAAACUGGGCGCAUCAACAUUGGUAAGAUUGAAGUAUCUCAGAAUCAAUUGGAAAAGGAUACCCAAGCAGCAGAGGCAAUAUCUGAACCCAAAGAAGUCAAAGACAAUACUGAUAGCAGUAGUGAAAGCAGCAGCAGCAGCAGCUCAUCCUCAGAGGAUGACUCAGAAACAACUAAAAAAGAGGCGAGGAGAAAGAAGAAGCGAAGUAAGAAGAAGAAGCGUAAGGAUAUGAAGAAGAAGUCUAGAGCUGAGAAGAAAAACAAGGAAACUGAAGAAGACAAAUUAAAAAUUGCUCUCCAAAAAGAAGAGGAACAGCAAAGAGAAGCAGAACGUUUGCUGGCCAUGGAUGAGAGAAAGAGACCAUACAACAGCAUGUAUGAUGCAAAGAAGUUGACAGAUGAAGAAAUGGAAGCUUAUUACAUGAAGAAGAGAAGAGAUGAAGAUCCAAUGGCCCAAUUUUUAAGUUGAAUUUAAAUGAUAGACUGGAACUGCACUUCAGUUGUUAGCAAUCUUCCUAAUUAAAUGCCAUUUUUAGCUCAGCAUUCUGAUAUAUGCUUAUUUGAAUUAUUCAUUCAUUACAGAUUUGAUGUUUGAGGAAACAUUUUGAAACAUUCUAAAAGUUAUUGUGUUUGCAUAAUAUUUAGUUCCAGGACAGUCACUUACAGCAAAAGGCCUUUGAUUAAGGCCAUAUGAUUAUAAUCAUUUCAAAAACUACAUUUUGUUCCAAGUUCUUCAAAUUUAUAGAAAUGAGAUGCAUUGUUACCAGUAAUAAAUAAAAUACUUAUCAAUAUAGUUAAA